AUGCUCCUGAUCUAUUUUGUAUUGAUAUGUGCAAAGAGUUGGAAAGAGGUUGGAUACAUAUUCUCAGAGGGAAGGCAAAGGUUUUUAACACAUAAUGGAGUGGAUAUAGUAGUAGCAAAGUACAGUGAGAAGCCACUCAAGUUCCAAAUGGUAAAGAUGAGGAAAGAUCAGUCUAGCAAUGUGCUGCUUUAUCCAAUCCCUGGAAUGGGUAAUAAGGUUGCGGACUUUAACUUUUCUGCACAUACUAAUAAGAGAUGGUAUUUCUAUCCUGAGCAUGGAAAGUGGAACCAAAGAACAAGGUUUGUUCUGAUGCCCGGUAAUGUUUUGAAGAUUGUUAUUGGUGAUUCGUGUCUUGGGGUUGAUGAUGCCGACAGGGUAGUUGGGGAGUCUUGUAAGGAUGACCAGAAUGACAGUCUCCAGAUAUUCAGCUGGGUUCCGAUAACUCAGAAAAGAAAAGUGAAGGCAUGGAUUAAUCAGAAUCGUAGGAGGGCACACUCAGAUGAAUACUACCCGUCGUUAUAUGAGGAUGAAAGAGACUUUGAAAAGAGCCAUGACCAAGAAAGCUCUGGAUAUGAUGGUGAUGAGAAUUCUUCUUCUGAUUAUCAUGGGAGAAGCGGUGGAGCAUUCCAUGAAUUCGACUAUGAUAGUGGAAUAGGAGGACAUGGCCCAUUCAAGAGCGGGAUAGGAUCUUUCGGGGGAAGAAGAAGACGAUACAGACGCGAUGAAGAGAUGAAGCACAUGGGAGAGAGAGAUGAAGAAAGUUGUAAUAAUGAUGAAGGCAAAGACUACCGAGAAGGAAGGAUGUUUAGGAAGAAGAGAAUGGGCAAACUUCUUAGGAAUGGAAAGGCAAGACAACAUAAACCUUAUGGAAAUAGAGAGCAUGAUGAGAAUUUCCAUCAGGGAAGGAAUCCUACAUUCAGCGAUAUUGGUAGUCCCAAUUUUGUCAAUUAUCUGGACAAUUCCCAAGAGUAUGAACAAGGAGCAAUAGAAGAAACCCCUUUUGUACCUUGUGAUGACAGCUUGCUGAUGUUUGGGGAAGAUCCUGGCCAUUGCAAUGUAGGUGGAGCUGGAGAAAAUGAAAUAUGUAAAAUAAACAAAACAACUAUGGCUUUCAGAAAGAUGGUUGGGAUUCCUAUAUGA